AUGGAACCCUCUGUUGCUCUGCUUUCUUCAGCCCUAGGCGAGGGCGAAACAAACAGAGUCGGUGAUCACACCACUCAACUCGAUGCCGAGUCUGAGCCCGAGGUGACGGCCAAGAUGCAGCACAGGAAGAUUCAAAACCGGAAGAACCAAAGAGCACGCCGACUGCGGAUUAAGGAGCAAGACCCGGGAUCUACUCAGACGUCCCGCCCGUCCCUCCCGUUCCAAGUUAGGCGCUGGCGCCUUGAUGAACCUGAUGUUUGUCCCUCCCAGGACAACGCGGUAGCAUCCGAAGGCGCAACCGCCAUGUACAGCUCCCCUGCACGGUCUCACGUUCACGCCAGUACAUCAAUGUCGACACCUGAACGCGCCGGAGUCCACCCAGGGCCAUCACACACAUUGGUCCACGACCAGCCGUCACUCACAGUCCCACCCAUCAUCUUCCCCCUCUCAACCGAUCACCUACUCCAUCUUGUCCAGUAUAAUGUAUUCCGUGCUUUUGUCUCUAAUAAGCGCACUCUCAAUACCCUUCUCACUGGUUGGACCGAUAAUCCUCCCUCCCCAACCACCUGUCCCAUCAGCGGUCCUUACCGGGACGACACUAGCGUCUACCCCCUGAAUCCCAAUCUUCCUGUCUCCCUCGUCCCGACUCGCCUCCAACAAACCCACUUGCACUCCGUCUGGAUCAAUCUCUUCCCCUUCCCCCGCCUCCGUGACAAUCUCAUAAGACGCGAGGGAAGUUUUGACCACUGGGAGCUGCUACAAGACCUCAUUGGUGAGCUCAUGAGUGCCACGCCGCCUCGAAAGCACAGACUCACGCCCCUCACGAUCACUGUCUCCGAUCCUAAACCUACGUGGGCCCUGCCCCGCUGCGAGGGGGAUGAUGAGGGUGAGGUAACUGCGGGGCACAAGGGACUCAUUGUUUGGGGCGAGCCAUACGACAUGCAGAACUGGGAGGCCACCCCCGGCUUCCUUGCCAAGUGGUCGUGGGCCGUGGAUGGAUGCCACGAUCUGGUUGAAUGUAGUAACCGCUGGAGGCGGAUGAGAGGAGAGGAGCCUAUUCGUCUCACUGAAUCAUUGGAAGGAAGCAGGCCAUGGAGAUGCAGGCUUGCCACUUAA